AUGGCGGGCCCGGGCAGCGACGGGGACCUGCGCCGCCUGCUGAAGCUGCACCGCACCGAGAUCGCCAUGGCAGUGGACGACGUCUUCCCGCUGCUGCAUGGCCUGGCUGACCACGAUGUCGUCCCUGACCACAUCUUCAAGGAGACGCUGAGCCGCACGGAGCGGGAGGGCUCCCACCGCGCGUUCCACGCGCUGCUCACCUGGCUGCUGGGCCGCGACCCUGCCGCCGUCCGAGACUUCUGGGCCGUCCUCUUCAAGGACUACAACCUGGAGCGGUACUCCCGGCUCCGGCCUCUCCGCGGCGCCUUCCCCAGAGAGGUGGAGCUGGGGCGGCAGCGCCGUGGAAGGCGUCUCUCCCCGAGCCCCACAGCACCGGCCCCACACAGACCCCAAGGCAAGAGGAAAGCCCCUGAGGAGCGGGACAAGGCCCGGGUGGCACAGCCUGCUCCACGGCACAAUGCCAGUCCUGGGCCCCUGGUGAAGGCAAAGACUGUGAAGAAGCCGGAGGGCACAGAUAACCCCCGCACCUCUCGUGCCAGUGGCCACUCCAAGACAGGCAGCAGAGCUGGUGACAAGCCAUAUACCCCAACUGCCUGCGAGGAGCCAGAGGCCAGGAGCAGAAGCCACAGCCUGAAGCCCCCUGCCCAGCCCAAGGAGAAUGAGGAUGAGUGUGCAGCAUGCGGUGAUGGCGGUGAGCUCAUCUGCUGUGACGGCUGCCCCAGGGCCUUUCACCUUGCCUGCCUGGUGCCCCCGCUGCCUCACGUCCCCAGCGGCACAUGGCGAUGUGGCUCCUGUGUGGAGAAAGUGACUGAGCCAGGCCAGCUGCUGGAGGCAGACUUGCCUGUGGAGAGACCCGCUGAGGUCCUGGGGGAGGCGGCACGGGACACCCAGCCGGGUGGAGUGGAGGGGAGUGUCUGCAGCCGCUGCUGCACCCGGAUCCUCACUCCCCACCACUGUCCUGCUCCCAGUGGGGACCCCAGGGGGCUACAGCUGUGCACGUCCUGCACGGGCACCCUGGACACAGAUAGUCUGGGCACUACCGCAGCAGCUGGAGACCAACUGCUUCCAGCAGCCAAGGCAGAAGAUGGAGCCCUUGGCACUGACCCUGUGCUGAGCCGGGAGGAGCUCGAUGUUCUGCUAGGUGAGCCCCCGUGCAGCGCCGUCGGGCAGCUCCGCGGGCCGGGCGGCGCCGCGCUGCCUGCGUCUGGUGGGAACAGGGUGUGUUCCGAGUGGGAGAAUGCAUUGGGGGACGUGCUGUCCGCCGGCCGCCACUGGCCGAUCCACUGCCUGCCGCCUGUUGCGAUUGGUGGCUCUUGA